AUGGCGAACCUACCAACAACAAAGAGCAUCCCGGACAAGGAGACUCCCGGGUUGCGCUACCCCUCCAAUGGAAAGACAAUCUACCACCGUCCCCUCAACCGCACCAAGACGGCCGAGCUCAGCCAGUCCAGCUUCGCAUACCUCUUUAGCGAGAUGGUCUCGUAUGCCCAGCGCAAUGUGAAAGGAAUCGCCGAGUUGGAGCAACGCUUAAACGUCCAGGGCCACUCGAUAGGCCUCAAACUCCUUGAUCUCCUCCUCUUCCGCGAGCCGCCCCGCACUCAGGUGCGCCCGCUAACCAUCAUCGCCCUUCUGCACUUCAUCAAACAAUCCUGCUGGCAACACCUCUUUGGCCGGCAGGCCGACCGUCUUGAAAAGUCCGCCGACCCGGCCAAGCCCGACGAGUAUAUGAUUAUAGACAACGAGCCGCUCGUCAACGCAUUCAUCAGCGUGCCCCGCGAGAUGUCGCAGCUCAACUGUGCCGCCUUCGUCGCCGGCAUCGUCGAGGGCAUCUGCGAUGGCGCAGGGUUCCCCGCGAGGGUGAGCGCGCACAACAUCGCCAGCAAGGACGACAACGAGAUGUGGCCCGGCAAGACUGUCUUUCUCGUUAAGUUCCGGUCGGAGGUGCUGGAGAGGGAGGGAUACCUGGGCAAGAACUAG